CAACUGUCCGGUUGACUGGUAGAAUGGCUAACACCGCAGACCUGGUGUCUGCCAUCACUACACUGGCGGCCCAGGCUUCCUUGCUCGACCCGGGGCCUGACCAGCGACAGCAGUGGACAGCAGAAUGCAGCAGCUGUACCGAGGAGUAUCUGCAGAAGCUGUCCACUCCGGCAGAGAAGGCGUAUCUCCAACCAGAGCCUGGGCAAGCUCUAACACCACAGGACGGAUUCAUACAGGAAGACCCCACAGAUAUAGACCACCUGCUGCGUGAGUUUAGCAGCAGUAUCGGUGACGCCGGACUCCGAGCGGGACACGGCGGGCAUGUCGGGUACAUCGGUACAGGAGGGCUGUUCCCUUCUGCUCUGGGCGACUUCCUGGCAGCGGCUUUCAACCCUUACUCCGCAAUCGAGUCGACCAGCCCUGGCGGCGUGCACAUGAGCAACAUGCUGCUGAAGUGGAUGGCGACGCUCUUCGGCUACCCAGAAGGCCACGCGGGGAAUCUGACUUCCGGUGGCACAGCGGCUACUCUUAUCGCCAUGGCAACAGCACGGGAUGCCAGGAAACUGCACUCCAAGGACUUCCAUCGGGCCGUGGUGUACGUCACUAAACUCACCCACCACUGCUACGCUAAAGCACUGAACGUCAUCGGGAUGUACCAUUGCAUUAGGAGGGAGGUCCCCAUGGACAACAGUUACAGAAUGGACCCGUCCAGGCUGGACGAACUCAUCAAUGAGGACACCAAAAACGACUUGAUCCCGUUCAUGAUUAUCGGCACUAUCGGCAGUACUGAUGUUGGGUCAGUGGACCCUGUGGACGCCCUGACGAGCGUUGCGGAGCGUCACGGGACGUGGCUUCACGUGGACGCGGCUUACGGCGGCUUCUUCUCCCUGUGUGAGAGCACCAGGCACUACUUCAGCGGAGUGGAGAGAAGCGACUCCAUCGUCGUGGAUCCGCACAAAGGACUGUUCCUCCCGUACGGCACGGGUGUGGUACUAGUGCGGGAAGGUCGUCUCCUUCUACAGUCUAACACGGCCCACAGUCCGGGAGUCUGUGUUCAGGACGCCACGCAACACUGCACAUCCGUCUCACCCUUCCAGCUUUCCUUCGAACUAACCACACAUUUCAGGGCCCCACGACUGUGGCUCCCUCUCAAACUAUUCGGUCUAAAACCGUUUAGAUCGGCACUGGAGGAGAAAUUGCUACUGGCUAAGUACUUCUACCACAAGGUCAAAGAAAUCCCUGGUAUGACUACCCUAAAACCGCCGGACUUGUCAGUAGUUGUGUUCCACUACCACGACACAUCGCUAGGGGGCAGUGCAGACGACUUCAACCGCCGGCUGCUGGACGCCAUUUUAAAAGAUGGUCGCAUCUUCCUAUCGUCCACUACUGUCGAGGGGGUGUUCUGCCUGCGGAUCUGUGUUCUCACGUUUAGAACACAUCUCCGGCAUAUUGAUCUUUGUCUCAGCGUCAUCAAGGAAUGUAUAGACAAAUUAAAGUUGUAAAGACGUACGUAACGUGAACUGUUAUCAACACUAUGGAACAGGUUGUUUUCCAACACUUAUUAUAAAUUCUUGAAUGGUUAAGUUUGAUGCACACUUGUAACCAAG